CUACGCGGCGGGGCCAUGAGCGGCUCCAGGGCUCCGGGCCCCGAGGCGGGCGCCUCCGGGGCAGAGCCCCCCGGCGCGGCGCUGAGCGUGGACGUGGCAGGGCUGCUGGCACAGCUGGCGCGCAGCUUCGCGCUGUUGCUGCCGGUGUACGCGCUGGGCUACCUGGGCCUGAGCUUCAGCUGGGUGCUGCUGGCUCUCGGGCUGCUAGUGUGGUGCCGCAGGAGCCGCGGCCUUAAGGCCACCCGCCUGUGCCGCGCGCUGGCGCUACUGGAGGACGAGGAGCGCGCCGUGCGCCUCGGGGUGCGCGCCUGCGACCUGCCGGCCUGGGUUCAUUUUCCAGACACUGAGAGAGCAGAGUGGCUAAAUAAGACUGUAAAACACAUGUGGCCUUUUAUUUGCCAGUUUAUAGAGAAGUUGUUUCGAGAAACCAUAGAGCCGGCCGUGCGGGGCGCACACACCCACCUCAGCACCUUCAGCUUCACGAGGGUGGACAUGGGGCAGCAGCCCCUCAGGAUCAAUGGUGUUAAGGUGUAUACUGAAAAUGUCGACAAAAGGCAGAUUAUUUUGGACCUUCAGAUUAGUUUUGUAGGGAAUUGCGAGAUCGAUCUGGAGAUCAAGCGAUAUUUUUGUAGAGCUGGUGUGCAGAGUAUACAGAUUCAUGGUACAAUGCGGGUGAUCCUGGAACCAUUGAUUGGAGACAUGCCCUUAGUAGGAGCUUUGUCUGUCUUCUUCCUUAGGAAGCCACUUUUAGAAAUUAACUGGACAGGACUGACUAAUCUUCUCGACAUUCCUGGAUUGAAUGGUUUAUCAGAUACUAUCAUUUUGGAUAUAAUAUCAAACUAUCUGGUGCUUCCCAAUCGAAUCACAGUCCCUCUUGUCAGCGAAGUUCAAAUAGCUCAGCUGCGGUUUCCUGUACCAAAGGGUGUCCUGAGAAUACACUUUAUUGAAGCUCAGGAUCUUCAGGGAAAAGACACGUACCUUAAGGGACUUGUCAAGGGGAAGUCAGACCCCUACGGAGUGAUUCGAGUUGGCAACCAGAUCUUCCAAAGCAAGGUCAUCAAGGAGAACCUCAGUCCGAAGUGGAACGAGGUGUAUGAGGCUCUGGUCUAUGAACAUCCCGGACAGGAAUUGGAGAUUGAGCUCUUUGACGAAGACCCAGACAAGGAUGACUUCCUCGGAAGUCUUAUGAUUGAUCUUAUUGAAGUUGAAAAGGAGCGCCUUUUAGAUGAAUGGUUCACCCUGGAUGAGGUGCCCAGAGGGAAGCUGCACUUGAAGCUGGAGUGGCUCACGCUCAUGCCUGACGCGUCGAACCUCGAGCAGGUGCUGACAGACAUCAGAGCUGACAAAGACCAAGCCAAUGAUGGGCUGUCCUCCUCGCUGCUCAUCUUGUACUUGGACUCGGCCCGGAACCUUCCGAGUAACCCAUUAGAAUUUAACCCUGAUGUCUUGAAGAAGGCUGCAAUUCAGAAAGCUUUAAAGUCUGGGAAGAAAAUAAACAGCAACCCAAAUCCUCUUGUCCAAAUGUCAGUUGGUCACAAGGCCCAGGAGAGCAAGAUUCGGUACAAAACCAACGAGCCUGUAUGGGAGGAAAAUUUCACCUUCUUCAUUCACAAUCCCAAGCGCCAGGAGCUCGAAGUAGAGGUGAGAGAUGAGCAGCACCAGUGUUCGCUGGGGAACCUCAGGAUCCCUCUCAGCCAGCUGCUCGCCCGUGAGGACAUGACCCUGAACCAGCGGUUCCAGCUCAGCAACUCAGGCCCCAACAGCUCGCUGAAGAUGAAGCUCGCCCUCAGGGUGCUCCACCUUGAGAAGCAGGAGAGGCCUCCAGACCACCAGCACUCGGCUCAAGUAAAACGGCCCUCUGUGUCCAAGGAAGGGAGGAAAGUCUCCGUCAGGCCUCAGAUGUCUGCGUCGCCGGGCUCGGGUGACAGCGGCACGGCCCCGUCCACGCCAGUCGCUGGGAGCGGCGAGAGGCCUGGCGUGGAGGAGCGAGGCCCGCCCGUGGAGGCCAGCCUGCAGGGCCCGAGGGACCUCGGCCGGAGCUCCUCCAGCCUCCAGGCGGGCCCCGCCGGCUCCCCCAGCCACGUCUCCGUCAAGGAGCCCACCCCAAGCAUCGCCUCGGACAUCUCGCUGCCCAUUGCCACGCAGGAGCUGCGGCAGAGGCUGCGACAGCUUGAGAAUGGAACCACCCUGGGACAGUCACCCCUGGGGCAGAUCCAGCUGACCAUCCGGCACAGCUCGCAGAGGAACAAGCUGGUGGUGGUCGUGCACUCCUGCAGAAAUCUCAUCGCCUUCUCUGAGGAUGGCUCUGAUCCCUACGUCCGCCUGUAUUUGUUACCAGACAAGAGGAGGUCGGGAAGGAGGAAAACACACGUGUCAAAGAAAACGCUGAAUCCCGUGUUUGAUCAGAGCUUUGAUUUCAGCGUCUCACUGCCAGACGUGCAGAGAAGAACCUUGGAUGUGGCCGUGAAGAACAGCGGCGGCUUCCUGUCCAAAGACAAAGGGCUUCUUGGCAAAGUACUGGUUGGCCUGGCAUCUGAAGAGCUCGCCAAAGGCUGGACCCAGUGGUACGACCUCACCGAAGAUGGGACGAGGCCCCACGUGGUGACGUAGGCCGCACCAUCAGGAAGCCCUCCAUGCACCUGCCCGCCCUGCCCCGACACCCUACACACACACCCCCCGGCAGACACACCCACGCUGCCCCCGCACCGACACACCCCUCCCCCCACCCCUCGCAGGCGUACCCAUGCUCUUUUUAUAAUUUCACGUACUUGGUUACUGGCCCCCUGACGGUUUUAUAAAAUGUUGAUAUUUUAGGCGUAUUUCGCCAGUAUUAGUAUUAAGUUUUGUAUGUUUAAAUUUCCUCUAGUAUUUCACCAGUUGUUACGGCGCGUAGCAUAGCGGCCAGCUGUUGUGUGUGUAAAGCUGUAUGUCGGCCGUCUCUCCUAGGAAGCCGGUGUAUGGACCUGCUUAUUAUUGCCUUGUUUUGUAUAUCACUGAGGUGUACUAUGCUAUAUAAAGAGACUAUUUUUUAUGAUCUCUACAUGCUGGUUUGAAAUUCAGAGAAAAUGGAUCAAGGAAAUAUAUAUAUUUUUUUCUUCUAAAACUUAUUAAAUUCUUAUUACAAAUAAUCAUUUUUGUCUUUGCAGGAAAAAGUUCUCAGUGACCUAUUUUGUGGUGUUUCUUUUUAAAAAGAAAAGCUGAAAGAUUAGUAAAUGCUAGUAUAUUUCUGCUCAUUAUGAAUGGUAAAAGAAUGUAUGCAAAAUAUUUACACUUUCAUAAAUAUACAGAUGUAUUAUAAGGAGUCAGUUGUAGUGCUUAUAAGGAAAAAUGUUGUAUAACUGAGCAAUAUAAAAUAUCACAAGAAUUGUCACGGUUCAUAGUGCACUAAUCUGAAAUUUCUCACAUAAAGUAGAAUGUCUUGUUUAUUUUUAGUUGCUUGUUAUAACUUAUUCAUGAAACAGUACAGAUACAGAAUCCUUUUCCUGAAAUAUAAUACUUCAAUGUUAGCAGUUA